AUGUUUAUCUUCUCUACGCAUCUCAAUCUCUUUUCUUCUUCUUAUCUUCUAUUUUUGCCAUUGCCGCCCUCCUCGUCCAGUAGCAUUUCUUUCGCUUUUGCUUAUUUCAUAUUUCUUUCUUCCUCUUCCGGAUCCCACCGCCUCAUCUUUCUUCCUCCACUCAGAGUGCUACAAACUAAGAGAUUCCCCAGUUCAAUUAUGAAGUUCUUCAAGGAUAUAUUUCAACCUAUGAGAGCUUCUUUGGCUUCGUAUAGUUCUUCAACCAAUAUCGCCUUAAUGGAACCUGUCAUCUUCAAAUUGGUUAGCGUAGUUGUGGCUUCAAAGAGAAAAGAAGUGACUUUCAGCUGUUCGACGUCUACACCACAGACGAUUUGCGAUUUGCAGGAUUUCCAAGCACUAUGAUCUUGUCGAUCUGUUACUGUGUCCCUGGUAAAUAUGUGGAAUUGAGAUAAAGCAUUGGUGGUUUUCAGUGCUGAUUGGAGAUGUGUUGUUGACAACCUUUUAACCAAAAAGAGGUGCUGCAAAGGCUUCAACAAUUAAACUAUAUACUCAAUCAUCAACUACACAUGAUUCUCUCCAAACGAAUCCUUUUGAAUGAGGGUAAAAUGGUUUAUUAUUAUUAUUAUUUUUUGUUGAUGCUCCCUGUUACACGUGGACAACACUGUCCUGUAAAGCAAUCACAAACUUAUCUGACCUUAUUCAUUCUCCCCUUGGGCAAUUACCACUAACCAUUGAAGACUCGUAUGCAAACAUUCUCAAGAUACAGGAACAAGAAAACAAAGAGGAAUUUUGGCAGAAAAAUCAAGUAUGCUUGCACGAAGGCUUUAGGGGACAGUCCGCGUACAAGGAUUUUGCUAAGAGGUACUUGACUGGCAAAUCCCUUAACAGAAGUAUUCCAGCAUGGAUCAAUAGUGGAGAUACUGCAUAAUGGAGCAGUAUGAUAGAAGACACAAUAACUCUAGGAGCCGAAGCCCUGGCGUGGAUGGACAAUGUGGGCGUUCGAUAAAAUCGAUGGCGAUCAACCUUUUUUGUAUUGAUGUGCUGGUGGGACAGAAAAUGAAGAGAAGGGUAAAAUUGUCCAAAUGAUGAGAAAACCAACUAUAAACCUCUACAUUCCCUAAGAUCAAAGUAGGAUGCCUUAAUAUGACCAUUUGAGAAGUACAAUGCAAUAUUUUAGUUUCAGAUUUUUUUUUUUAAAACAAAUCUUUUUAGUAUUCUAAAGUUUAUUGUUAUUAUUAUAGUACUGAACUAUUAAAAAGGGGAAGGUCAUUGUUAUUUUAAGGGGUUUGUUUGUUAAUCUCCCAUAUUUCUUUUUGUAAAGUUUAUGUUGAAGGGUGUUGAAACAAAAAAAAGCAGAUG